AUGUCAUCGAUAAGGGAGAGGUACGAUUCGACUACUGGCCCAUUCAUUUCGCUAGAGUUUUUCCCACCUAAGACUCAUCCAGGAAAACAGAACUUGUUGGCCCGUAUGGGUCGUAUGACGGCGCUAAAUCCUCUAUUCUUAACAGUAACAUGGGGUGCAGGUGGUACUACAGCCGGCAAGACCUUGGAGCUUGCUACUUUGGCACAAAGGGAACUCAACAUCCCCGUUUGCAUGCACCUGACGUGCACGAAUACCGACCGCCAAGUUAUAGAUGAAGCAUUAAGAGCAGCUCGGAACGCAGACAUUAGAAAUAUUUUAGCACUGAGAGGAGAUCCUCCUGUUGGUGAAGAGUGGGACCAAGCUAGUCUCACAUCUGAAUUCCAGCACGCUGUUGACCUCGUUCGUUAUAUUAAGAAAGAGUACGCAGAUGAUUUCUGUAUUGGAGUUGCGGCAUAUCCGGAGGGCCACUGCGAGGGAGAGGCUGACGGGACGGCCCACAGUGCAUUGAGAGACUUACCAUUUCUGAAAGAAAAGGUUGACGCAGGCGCUGAUUUUGUCAUUACUCAAUUGUUUUAUGAUGUCGACAAAUUUUUGGAAUUUGAGGAAUUAUUUCGCCGGGAAGUCUCUUCCACGCUACCUCUUUUCCCCGGAUUGAUGCCUAUUAAUUCUUUUUUAUUGUUCAAUAGAGCAUCAAAAUUGUCGCAUGCCACCAUUCCUCAACAUGUCUUGGAUCGUUUUCCUGCAGAAUCCCGUGGUGACGACAAUGAAGUCAGGAACAUCGGUGUCGACAUUCUUAAAGAGAUGGUUGACGAGAUUUACGAGAGAACUAAUGGUAGAGUUAAAGGGUUUCAUUUUUACACGUUGAACCUAGAGAAGGCCGUUGCUCAGGUUGUUACAAGGUCUCAAUACCUUUCCAGAAUUCUAGACGAAGAGAAAGAUGAAGAGCUAGUCGAUGGGAUCGAAGAAAUUGCUUUGGAUGAUUCGGACGUGUUUCAGGAUGAUAACUUUAAAAAGAGAAGGAGGAAGUCGUCAAAUGCUCAUGUAGUUCCGAUCAAUAAUCGCGUUUUGAUUGACACAGACAAUGAGAACAUUCUUAGUGGGAGACAGCCUUCAGGUGCACCAUCCAGAAAAGUUUUAGUUUCCAUAUCUCAAGGUUCUGGUAUUCUGGGCCGCGAUGCAACUUGGGAUGAAUUUACGAAUGGUCGUUUUGGUGACUCCCGCUCGCCUGCCUUUGGUGAAAUUGAUGGGUAUGGUCCAUCGCUUAAAAUGAGCCAUCAGAAAGCAUACGCUAUAUGGGGACAACCCCGAGGAAUUAGUGACAUCAAGAAGUUAUUCAUAAGAUAUUUGGAAGGUGCCUUAGACGCGCUACCAUGGUCUGACCUUGGACUCUCCCCUGAAACAGCAUUAAUUCAAGAAGAGUUAAUUCAGCUCAACGAAAAGGGAUAUCUUACUCUAGCAUCGCAGCCAGCAACCAACUCAACUCUGAGCAGUGACAAGAUUUUUGGUUGGGGUCCCCAAGGCGGCUAUGUCUACCAAAAGUCCUUCGUGGAAAUGUUUGUUCCGAAGCAAAAGUGGGAACUCGAGUUGAAGCCUAAACUCGUCCCCUUAUCACCCAUAGUCAGCUAUUACGUUGGAGACUCUGAUGAAACUUUCUAUUCUAGCUUGGAGAAUAAUUCGAGUGUCGUGACAUGGGGAGUUUUUCCGAAUUCCGAGGUUUUACAAACGACCAUUAUUGAAGAAGAAGCGUUCAAGGCCUGGCGAGAUGAGGCCUUCAGUAUAUGGCUAGAAUGGAGCAAGCUGUUCCCGAGAGGUUCGACGCCCAAUAGUCUAUUGAGACAGAUACAUCGUGAUUACUACCUGAUCUCUAUUGUACAUCAUGAUUUCAGUAAAUGCGAUGCUCUUUGGGACCUUUUGCUAAGUUAA